CAACGAUAGUGUUAAAUGAACUCAACUGGACUGCAGCGUUGGAUGAUGUGUUCAAGCGGAACAGAGAAGAAGACCCCACUUUAUUAUGGCAAGUUUUUGGUAGCGCAACUGGCCUCGCUAGGUAUUACCCAGCUUCCCCAUGGGUAGAUAAAAGUCGAACUCCAAACAAAAUAGAUCUGUAUGAUGUUCGCAGAAGACCAUGGUAUAUCCAAGGAGCUGCUUCUCCCAAAGACAUGCUUAUUUUAGUUGAUGCGAGCGGGAGUGUCAGUGGAUUGACAUUGAAGCUGAUACGCACCUCGGUCAUUGAGAUGUUAGAGACCUUGUCUGACGAUGACUUUGUGAAUGUAGUUUCAUUUAACAAUAAUGCUCAGAACGUCAGUUGCUUUAAUCAUCUUGUCCAAGCUAAUGUGAGGAACAAGAAGAAGCUGAAAGAAGCCGUCUAUAAAAUCUCUGCUAAAGGAAUUACAGAUUACAAAAAAGGCUUUAGCUAUGCUUUUGAACAGCUGCUAAAU